UUAUUACUUAAGUAUUCCAGACGUAGAUAGUAAUGACGAUGAUUUUUUGUACGAAGUAGAUGGAGUAUCAGCUCAAAAUCUUUCGGUACAACAGAAGUCUUCGACCCUUCCUAGUAAUCAAACUUCAUCGAACGUGCAGCACAAAAGAUCGUUGUCGGAGUCGAAAACCUUUGAUGUGUUGAAAUUACACGACCAGAAAAUGCAAGAAAAGGUGGAAUACAAAAUGGUCGCAGAACUUCCCCAUCGCUAUCGCGACAAUUCGGUGACUGAGUCGACCACUUCAGGAGUUAGUUCCUGUGAAUCGGUUUUGGGAAAAGCUACUACAAACGAAAGAGUACAAACGCUGAGUCCUAUUCCAAGUUCCUCAAGUCUGAGUACAUUAAAAACUAGCGGCCUAAAAAUGGGUCGUGGUGGAGAACCUACUCGAAGAAUUUCUGUUCAAAGUUACAGUGGUACUACACCAUCAGAUAGAUCUACUGUUUCUCCUGCAGGCAGUACGAGCAGUAGACUAAGUUACAGAGACCUCAUGGGGUAUGCCAAAUUGCGUUCCUUGCGUUCAAUGAGUCAUUUUGGUAUGGAAUCAACAAUGACCGUCAAGUCAGUUAAAACACUAACAAAUUUCGAGGGUUAUACGAAUGUUAGCAUGUUGUCAGAACAAAGGGGCAGCUUCGGUAAAAAUUUUCCCGACAGUUUAAGUUUACGUUCGUUUUCGAGCGUUCAAAAGUUUUCUGUUAAGGACGAAACCAAAGAGCAGUGUUAUAUGGGUAUUUGUCUGCCUCGUAAACUCAGCGACAUGUUCCCCGAGGAGCCUUCAAAAUUUCAAAGAACAUCCACUUAUGGCAAAAGAAUCUCACCAUAUUCCGAGG